UACAUUGUUUAACACCUUAACAACACAAUGUAUCUCCAGGUCAACCACACUUUUGUGAAAUCAACCUGUGCAGUUAGGAAGCAACACUGAUUGUGAAUCAGUUUCACCUUCUGUUGUGCAAAGGGAACAAAAAACAGGUAGAAAUUAGAGGCAAUUAGCAAGACGACCCCUAUAAAGGAGUGGUUCUGCAGGUGGGGACCACAGAGCUUUCCUCUGUUCUCAUCCUUUCUGGCAGAUGGUUUGGUCACUUUUGCAUUUUGUCAGUUAUCUCACCAUAGAGGCAGCAUGAGGCGAAGUCUAGAACCCACCGAAGCUGCUCAGGUAGUGCAGCUCAUCCAGGAUUAGCACAUCAAUGCGAAUUGUGGCAGGAAGGUUUGCUGUUUCUAUCAGCAUGCAUGGAGCAGAUACAAUGAGACACAUUGCAUCACAGCGCUAACGCUCGGAGGAAAGCGCAGCGACUCGGUUCUGAUACCUCAGCUCACAGAAGCAGCCUUGUGCUGAUCAACAUCACCCUAGGAGUGAUGAGGGGGGAGAGCAAGGCACACGGUGCUCUCUCAGGGUUUCAGCAGCUGAAGGCAAGCUGCAUGACCAGGAUUCAAACCAGUGCGAAUGAUCAUGGUGGCAGCACCUUUGGAAAAGUGUUCAUUUACCUUUAGUUUUUUUUGCUGUCCGGGCAGAAUGUCUUCAAGUGUCUUAUAGAGGUAUCAACCAUUAGAGCAACUAUUAGUUUACUACUAGUAUAUUGCUUUAUAUUGCAUAUUUGUUUCUUAAAGUGUACAUGGAAAAUAUACUUUGGGAAUAUAUUUCUGUUUGUUGUAGAGAUCUGUGUAGGCUUUUUAAUAUUUCCACACACUGUGAAUGUGAUUAACGUUUUUGAUUUUCCACGCGUGUGAGCGUCAGUGAGUCACAGAGGCAACCUACAGAUCUGAAUGCAGUGAAAUGACGCAGUGGGGUCUCUCAGACAGGAAAUAGGCUUCUUAAAACCACAGAUCUGAAACAAUAUGCGAGCUGAAACUGCUACAGCGCGGUGGACUGAUAUACCGGGCUGAUCGCACGUAUUUCCUGCCGAGAGCCGCGUCUGAGAGCUGCGUCUCUCAGGCUGACUGAAAAACGAACGAACAGCUGACUUGGGCGAUGGGGUUCAACUGCAGUGCGGUGGAGAACGACAGCCAUGCUGACCUCAGGCUCUUCCAGCGGGUGGCGUACAUGCUCGUGUUCACCGUGGGCCUGCCCCUCAACAUCUCCGCCCUCUGGUUCUUCAGCAGGAUCCAGCACUGGACGGACACUCACGUCUACAUGGCCAACCUGAUGCUCGCCGACGUCCUGCUCAUCCUCUUCCUGCCCUUCCGGAUAUUCCAGACCUUCUGCCCCAUCGACCCCUCCGCCCUCUGCACCUUCCUCAUAUGCGUUCACUACAGCAACAUGUACGUCAGCAUCUUCACCAUCAUGGUGAUCAGCGCCCAUCGCUUAGCGGUCAUCAGGUUUCCCCUGCUGGCCAGAGCCCUGCAGACCAGGAGGAAGACCAUGGCGCGCGUUGUCUGCCUCUUCAUCUGGGUUUUCGUCAUAGCAAUCUGCGCCGCAUUCAGUUCCAACAUGUUCCCAAAGAAGCUGAGGGAAUGCUACGAGCGCAAACACGAGCACUUACUGGAUUUCCCGUUCCUACUGGUUCUGGAGAUAGUGGGGUAUCUUCUGCCUGUAGCCAUCGUCACAACCUGCUCCGGCCAGGCCAUCUGCCUCCUUAACAAAUCCACGGAGAAUCAGCUGCAGCAAACGGAGAGAAAACACGUGUUGGAAAGGAAACGAGUCGUGGCCAUAAUCACCGCCAACCUGAUCAUUUUCCUCGUUUGCUUUUCGCCAAUUCAUCUCGCACAUUUACUGAAAUAUUUAAAAUCAGGAAAGUCUGUGCUCUUUACCGACGCUUUUUACGAAGUCUCUGAAUGGAUCGCAACAACCAACUGCUGCCUGGACGCUGUGGGAUAUUACUUCCUGUUAAAGAAGGUUUUCAAAGGAAAGACUUAAGCCGUUUUCACGCUAGUUUUUGACUAGCUGUGGUUGAGUUGUGCUGCUGCUGAUGCCGAGGAGUCGCCUGCUGAUUAAACACGUCACAUCUGCGACCUGUGUUUUGGUGUGUGGUGUAGCGACAGCAUCUGUAGAUCAGUAUCUGUCUCUCAACGUCAGAAUGAAGCUCUGAUCUUUCUGAUCUGUUAUCUCUAAUGAUGUACAGCUAAUCGCUGUUAAUAGUCGCUCGCUGGUGUUUUUGUUGUUUGGACUAUAAGUGUUUAGAUCACACAGUAGCACAGUGAAGGCAUAGUUAUGGGUGUGGUAACGCAGUGAAGGCAUAGUUAUGGGUGUGGAAACAGUUAAACCCAAUGGGAAUCAGUGUACAACAGUGUAGCUACCAAAAAUGUAUCUUCUGUUUACUGUGGGUGUGGCUGAAAUAGAUCUCCACUCCCUCAUUAGUUGUGUGCUCUAUUACCAGUGGUAGAAAAACAAGUGAAUCUAGACAAAUGUGAUGUGAUUGGCUGAGUAGUGUUUAAAUUUUCAUAUCCUCGCUGUCCAAUGAAAAUCACUUAUCUCCAAAACAGCAACUUUACAGGAGAGAGAAAAACCUUGUAAACUUUUAAUGGAAGUGAAUGUAAAAAGAGUUUAUUCCAGGUCAUUUUGAAGACUUUCUAUUGGUCCGUUCAUCAAGAAAUUUCGGCACAGUCUAAGGGAGAGUUUGUCUGUUCAAUUUAUGUAGUAAACUAAAAUCGACAAAAAUAGAGAUUAUAUAAAUAGAGAUAUAGGUGCAUUAGGUCCAUUCCAGCAGCACAACGCUCGUCCACAUACUGCUGCCAUCUCAGGAGUUUAAGCCUUAAAGACAUUGCAGAUACUGUACCACCAUGUCCAGCUGCUGCAUCUCGAGAUCUAUCCCUAAUUAAUAAAAAAGUGUGGGAUCCAUUUCCAUUGGACGGACAUCCUAGCAACACUCCCAACCCCUCUACCGCACAAUCUGCAAUAGGAACUGUGUGAGAGUACUGGAAUUACUAUAGGAUGGAUUAUCAAAGGAAUAACUCCAUUAGGAACCUCUACAACUCCAGGUUAAGAUUUAUCCACUUAAAUGUAAAAGUUGUGACUUUAUUCGUAAACAGAUGCCAGAUGUCAUAUUUCCCAAUCCUAUUUUAACCAGUGACCUCCUUAUUCUGAAAUUUCUUCUGGGUGUGGCUUAAAAUAGCUGAAUAAUGCAUUCACGAGAAAAAGUGUCCACAAACAUGUGAAAUUUCUCAUGCAAAUUGUUACCAGUUCUUUACAGUGUGAUUUUUGCAAUACACUGUUGCAGCGUCUGCAGCUCAUGUGAGUUUAUUUUAGCUUCUGCAUUUAUAAUAUUACUGUAAAUACACUGGGGAAGUCUAUCUUACUUUUGCUAUGUUCUGUAAAUGCGUAACUUAAUGUUUCUACAA